CGCGCUGCUCGCAGCUGAUGCGGCUCGUCGUGUUGUUCGUUCGUUGUUGCGUCGCACGGCGUGCGUCUCACGCACGGGAGAAUGCACCGCGACCAAGUUUGGCGUCGUUGCGCGUGAGAUCCACGUUAAAAUCCUGUCGAUCGACAUCCGCACGCGCGAUAUACCCUUCCCCGACAGCGGCGAGUCUCUCGAGGAAUACUCUACGGAGGGAGUCUUCUGCGUCGCGAGAAAACGUCGACGGGUCGGCUGAUUGAUCUCUGGUGAUGCGGGAGCGGACGCGGCGUGCGAGAUCGCUCUUCCCUCUGGACGUGCGGCGCGUCCGGACAAUGGAUCGUGAGGAGCGAGGGUAGACAAAGGGCCGCCGGACGGACGGACGCGCUCUUGGUUGACCACCGCGGACGGCCGCGUUACCUCCGCGCUCCGGCGCGGCUGCAUUUAUUUAUAUGCUGCAUCUGGGACCCGUGCGUCGCGCGGCCGCUGAUUCGAGAUACGCGCAUCGCGAUCGAGCGAGGUUUCCCAUCACGAGAGCCUCCCAUUCGCGAGGUUGAUCCGUCGCAGGAUCGUCGGUCGACGACUCGGAGACUGACUGUGCGUUGCGUCUCUCCACGAGACCUGCGUUUCUAGCGCCCGGCAACAGCGAGGGUGACGCUUGACUGGCGGCGAGACGGACGGCGCGAAAUGCACCUCGGUCUGUGGAUUCUGCGAAGUUUCCAAGAAAGGAUCGUAGCUGGGUUCGCGGGGUCGCGCGCACCGUGGAGGGUAAAAGGUGCAUUAGCGCAACAAUAAAAAUAUAGCCAUUAUGGAAGCGUUGCGCCUGGCUAUACAGACACGGCUUGGGGAGAGGAUGGUCAGCAUGAGCUCCAUGCUUGUGGAGACAGUCAGUAUAAACUAUGAAGAUUUUAACGAGAGCUUUUUAACGUGUGGCACCUGUCUUUGCGUUUACGAUGGCAGUGAACAUACACCCAAAUUAUUACCAUGUUCACAUACAGUCUGUCUACAUUGCUUGACCAGAAUUGCUGCGUCCCAAACGCGAGAGACAGGAGCAUUUAGAUGUCCCAUUUGUAGAGAAUUAAUAACGAUUCCUCGUGGAGGGGUACCCGCACUGCCCCCAAGUUUCCUUGUAAAUCAGCUCCUGGACCUUAUGUCCCGUCAAAGACGGGAAGUCAUUCCAAAGUGUUCAGUUCACAUAAAUCAGGAAUUAUUAUUUUGCGAAACAUGUGAUACAGUGUUUUGUACGGUAUGUACUGGCGGAACACAUGCGGGAACGUCACCCGGAUGCACAGAACACACUAUCAUCCCCUUCAGUAUUGCGAUAAAGAGGAUGUCCGAGAUACUGCUUUAUAAAGCUAAUGAGUGUAUAUCCAAGUUAACGCAGGCACAGGAUUCCGUGAGCACGGAGCUGCAGCGUUUAGAGGCGUCCACGGAGAGAUGCUUGAACGCAGUAGACACGGAGUUUGCGGAAAUCAUCGCGAAAAUAGAGAGACGCCGUGCAGAAUUGCAAGCCGCUGUGGCCGCUGCCGCACGCGACAAGAAACACGUGCUCGAGGAACAACAGGAGCUAAUCGAGGAUGAGAAAAUGAAAGUGGAGGCAGAAUGUGAAGGAUUACAAUAUCAGGUCGAGGUCCGGAAUAUUACCCAGCGUAUUAACAGUCUGUCCGAUCAGCUCGACGCAGCGACUGCCCUCAGCGAACCUAAAGAGAACGCCUUUAUCACGUUCGAGUUUAAUCAUAACGACUCUCUUUCCCAGUUGGAGCAAGCAUUGAGUAACUUGGGGCGAGUACGUUCUAGUACAACGUUGCCAGGUUUGUGCCGGGCCAGAUUAAAAGAUCUGGCGAUAGUGAAGCUACAAACGACAGUCGUAGUCGAAACGGUGGAUUAUCAUGGCCAUCCCCGUAACGUCGGCGGUGACCUUAUUGGCGCCGAACUGACGCUCGCGGACAACAUGCACGCAGAGAAUCAAAGCGUGCCCAUCGAGGCGGAAGUGAAGGAUCUGGAAAAUGGAACGUACGAAAUUGAUUUCCGGCCACCAACCGCAAGUCGAUACGUUUUGAAAGUGUCAGUGUUCGAGCGCCCCGUAAAAGAUUAUCCGCUAUUUUUCGAUGCGACUGAGCACAAUGAACCUAUAAAAAUAUACGGAAGACGUGGUAACGGGAAGGACGAGUUCCACCAGCCAGUUUCGGUCGCAGUGGACGACGAGGGAAUGAUCUAUAUUUUAGAUACUGGCAAUUCCCGCAUUAAGGUACUCAAUUGUGAUUUAGAAUUUCAAAGACACAUAAACAAUGAGGGCUUAGAGGGUCGCAGUUGUACGGGAAUAGAUAUUUCUCAGCAAGGCCUCGUAGUCGUAAAUUGGCGGACACGGAAGAUCACAGAAAUGACUUCGUUAGGUGACACAAUCCGAUCCUUCUCGCAUAAUACAUUUCAAGAACCGAUAGAUAUCGCAGUGGACAAGAGUUAUGGGCAUAUACUUGUCGCUGACAACGGUCAAAGUUGCGUGUUUGUGUUCGACUCGGACGGCAAGAUACUAUUCCAGGUUGGUAAGAAGGGCACUUUCAAAUUAAUCAGUUCUGUAACUGUCGGUCCGGCCGGAGAGAUUUUGGUCGCCGACAGCAGAAUUCAAGUAUUUUCCGCAAAGGGAGAUUUCUCCGAAGAGAUUUAUUCCGAAGGCAAAGGGAAAGGCACCUACGGAGGAAUAGCCGUGGACGCGGAUGGCAAAAUAAUCGCUACUCGUACGGACAAAGGCCGCAGCAUAAUACAAGUAUUGCAGUUGGGCGGAGGAAACAUCUUAACCGAAAUUGAUUCUCACAGCUCGAAGUUGCGGCGUCCAUCGGGCAUCGCUGUACUGCCGGACAAUCAUUUAGUGGUUGUCGACUUGGGCAAUGAUUGCAUAAAAAAAUACAGGUACUGGUAAAAACGUUAUUGUUCGAACAUUAAAAUUUGGUGGCGAGUGAGAGAGAAAAAAAAAGUUUAUUGCAAAGAUACCAAAUAUCAAUUUAAUUUAGGACUAUUUAUUCAAGUUUUCGUGGGACUAGUAAUGCUACCUAUUAUUAUGCACAAAUGCCUAUGUUUUUAUAAACUUUUAUAUAUACACGAAUUGCAACAAGAAACGUGAGGUAAAAUAUAGUAACAAUGUCAAAAUUUGAGUUUAUCUUGCAAUUGUGCAUUAUUACGCUACAAUUUACGCUUUGUUUUGUCUUUCAAAUAUAUUUAAUUUUUUUGUCAUGUUACUUUCUCUCGUUUUUCACAUAAGAACCAUUCUAUGAGGCUGUUGCAAAUAUAUUCUAUAUUUGCAACAGUCAAUCCGUAAAAAAAAAUAGGACAAAAUCGAUGAAAUAUUUGAAACGCUGAAACAUUUACUUUCCGAAUGUGUUUCGUAAAUACGCAAUUUUCACCAAAAUAGUCAUUCAAAAUGCUCAGUACUUAGUGUAUGUAUACCUUUUUGUAUUUUGUGACUAUUUAAGUCAUCGCGAUUAAUAUUUAAUCGUUUAAAUGUGUAAAACAACUCUGUUGUUACUGACUAAUCUAGAUACACUUAUGAGCAAUGAUUUCUCGUCUAGUUUUGGCAAAUCAAGUCUAAAAGUUGCUUAUCUUAUUCUGAAUAUAAAUCGAUUGCCUACAUGUGAUAGAAAUGUGAUGGAUCUGAAGAAAUAGUUUAUAUUAUUUCAAACAAUACUUUAUUCUUUUGCAUAUAAUUAAUUAAUUAUAAAUAUGAUUCUAAUAUGUUGUUUGAUUAUCGAGAUAAUAUAAAUAGCUCUUAGUUUUGAUUCGUGUCAAUGAAGAGGAGAAAUCAUUUUUCAUGGAUGUACAAUAUUAUUAGAAGUUAUACACUGCCGUUCCAUGUCCUUUUACAUUUUUGUCAUGACAGAAUACAGGGCUUUGCAUUAUAUGAAAUCGACCUUGUAUGAACAAUAACAUACUGUGAAGUCCUAGAGAUUUUCAUUAAACAUUAUAUAUUUUCAUAUAUUAAUUGAAAUGGUCAUCAAAUGUGAAGCCAUUUAUUACAUAUUUGAAAUAUCCCGCAUUUAUUAUAUUUACAAUAUAUCGUUUUUCUUAGAUUAGAUAUUUGCUGAUUCAUGCUUUGUGAUUUAAAAAAGACUUAUCCAUCUUUGUAUUUCAGUCUACUUUUUUCACUUGAAAAGAUUCGUAUCUUGCAGCAUUUAUCACAGAACAAAUCCGCGAAAGUUUCUUGUUUCUCUUAAUGAAAAAGAAAUUCUGGCUUUGCAUUACGUGAUUUUUUUAAUUAACUUAAAAAUUAAAGCGUAGAUUAUAGUUUAUAUAAGGUUAUAUAAUUAUAGUGUAUAAAAUUUAGAGAAAUAAGUAGAAGUAUAUAUUAAGAAUUGUACAUAUAUUUUUUCAGUAUUAUCAUAAAUUUUGAUAGAACAUGAGACAACAUAUGAUUUAUUUAUGUAGAGAUCGAUAUUUUCAAAAUUUCAUGUAAAACAUUUUCUCGACAAUGGCGAUGCAUUUUGCAGAAAAGGCCUACAAACUCAUUCACCAUGAUUGAAUUACUUGCCGUGAGAUAUAAAGCUACUAUGUUCCGAAUUUUAUAAAUUUUAUCAUGUGACUUCAUUGUUGAGACAUGUUUUAUAUAAUGUGUUUUAACAUUAUUUAAAUUAAAUUACUGAAUAAACCACAAAGGACCGGAUAUAAAAAUUUAAGCAACAGAAUUUACCAAAGUACGCAAGAAUUAUUUUUUCAUGCAUCCGGAAAUAUUUAAUGUCCGACUGAAAACCAUGGUUGUAAUCAUGAAGUGUUAUAUCAUCAUGAUGCAUAUCUACUUACUCUUCGAUACUUACUUCUUAAUCAAAAGUGAUAAAUUAAUGCAUGUAUAGCUUCUUACAUCUUUAAUUCCAGGAUAGACUUUUUUUGACAUAAUACUUAUGUUCAAUGGAACAUUUUUGCAGUGAUUAAUAUUUAUACAUCUUAUUUUUUUACGUGUGAUUUGUGUACAGUUGUAUUUUCUAGAAUUACUUGCCAGUUGUGUCAGCAUUAAAGAGAGAUUCCUGCCAUGUCGAACAAUUUACAGAAUUUUUAUACUAUAUACGCGGGCUAAAUUAAAUUAUACAGUUUAACUUUUCCGCAAAUGGCUAACACUAAGUCCCAUAACUCCAGAGAAUACAAAGUAUCUUUCUAAUUCUUUAUUUUUCAAACUGUAUCUUAUAUACUACACGACAUUCCUCAUGAACUGCUUUGCAGAGUGAUCUACCGUAUGCUACGCGUUUACUAUAAACUGUUGCAUAUAAUUGCUUGUAUGUAUGUAUGAAUACGACAGGUCACCAUAAAGCGCAUUAUCACGUUAGUCCUUAGCGAAAAGUAUAACAGUGCCUUUAUUAAGAAGAUGUCAUCAUACAGUAUUUAUCUAUUACAACAAUUAUUAAUCAUACAUUUCUGUUUUACUUGAAUCGAUACGUGACUUUAAUGCGUAUGUAUAUGCUUAAUUACAUUAAUUCGAUCGUACACGAAUCACGCCUACAAUUCUCCGCGAUUCGUAUGAUGGCAUUUAGGGAAUUGUAUUUUUUAUUUUAUAUUCAUAUCAUAUGUUAUUUAUAUAUACGCACGAAAGAGAGCAAGCAGAGAAAAAUGUAAAGAUUGUUACCAAUAUUACAAAUCGUUACAAAUUCCGCAGCUUCCGAGAUACAGGCGUUCUUCACAUGUGCGACAGUAUGUUAAGUAAGUUAAAGUAUGAAGAUGAGAACGCACACGAUAAGUUGCAACAGAUGCAAGAUCAAUCAUUUCUGUUGCAAUAAUUUAUGUUAAUUAUGUAAUUAUUUAUAGACCUAUUUGGGAGUUUGGUUUUAAAUUUUAGUUCUAUUCAGAGUUGAAAAGUUAAAAGCUUUAUAGAGACUCAAAUCAAUUGUGAAGCAAAACUAUUAUUUUGCUUAAAGUAUUCAAGAACCUCAGAAGUCAAGAUUGAUUUAUUACUUUUUACGUUUCACAAGUACUGAGCUACCAUAGGUAGCAUACUGAUUGAUUAUGACACAUGUUUCCUUUCACUUAACGAAAUUUUUAAUUAUUCAUGUACCUUGCAUUGAUACCAUGCAGAUUCAGACUGAUACGUAUUUCUUGUUUAUAUUUCCUGAUAUUGAUUUAAUCUAGUCAUACGUCAUUUAUAGUUAUAAAUACUUAUGUAUCGUGAUUACCACGCUGUACCAUAAAAUACAUUGUAAAUAAAGAUAUAAGCUUGAUUCACGGAAAA